GUCGUGAACGCUUAUACCGAAACGCACCGAUAUUGCAGCUGCUAAGCAAGAGGAGCUUUUUUUUUUUCCGCGUUGGGAGCGGACGACAGCAGCCGAAGGAGGAAAGGGAGAAGCCUUCAUCCCCGCGUCAAAGGUGGAAAAGCCGCGCGUGCGGCCACGAGGACAAAAGAGCUCAUCUGCGCCAACUUCUCAUCUGCUUGACGACUCAAACCAGGACAUGUGAGAUGAUCCAAGGCUCCAGUUGUCCGAUUUCCCGCUGAAAGUCCCCGAAAGGAGAUCUUGUUUUUUUUUUCCACACCCAACGAUGGGCUCGGAGAAGGAUUCGGAGUCGCCGCACUCCUCGCUGAGCGGCGUCCCCAACCCAAAGUGCCGGGCGGCCGGUAAACGUAGACGCCGCAUCUCCUUCCAGAGCCUCUUCAACGGCAAGCGGGGCUCCCGGGUGGCCAAGGGGCCCAAAGGAGGAGCCGCCACGCCCCUCUCCCACCUGCCGCUCGCUCAGCAGCAGCUUCUACCGUCUAGCGCCUUGAGCCCGGCCGUCCCGGCGCCACCCGUGGCCGCCGACGCCCCUGAGGACGCCGCCCCCGGGACCCCCUCCAGGCGACUCUCCUCCAGCCAGGCCUCGUUUGCCGGCGAGGCCGUCUCGGGGGACGGCGAGCUCCUGGAGUGCCCCCUGUGCCUGGUGCGCCAGCCAGCCGAGCAGCUGCCCGAGCUGCUGGGCUGCAGCCACCGCUCGUGCCUGUGCUGCCUGCGUCAGUACCUGCGCAUCGAGAUCACCGAGAGCCGCGUACAGCUCAGCUGCCCCGAGUGCGCCGAGCGCCUGGUGCCCCGGCAGGUGGCCGACAUCCUGGACGACGCCGCCCUGCUGGACAAGUACGAGGAGUUCCUGCUGCGCCGAUGCCUCGCCUCCGACCCGGACUGCAGGUGGUGCCCGGCGCCCGAUUGCGGGUUCGCCGUGAUCGCCUCAGGCUGCGCCAGCUGCCCCCGGCUGGUGUGCCGGCGUGAGGGCUGCGGCGCCGAGUUCUGCUACCACUGCAAGCAGGCCUGGCACCCCAAUCAGACCUGCGACUCAGCCCGCCAGCAGAGGGCGCAGUCGCUGCAUACACACAGCACCCAUUCGCCAAGCUACACUCAAGAGCAGGGGCCAGCGGACGACAUCAAGCCGUGCCCGCGCUGCGGCGCCUAUAUCAUCAAGAUGAACGACGGCAGCUGCAAUCACAUGACGUGUGCUGUGUGCGGGUGUGAGUUCUGCUGGCUCUGUAUGAAGGAGAUCUCGGACCUGCACUACCUCAGCCCGUCCGGCUGCACCUUCUGGGGCAAGAAGCCGUGGAGCAGGAAGAAGAAAAUUCUGUGGCAGCUGGGCACGCUCAUCGGCGCCCCCGUUGGCAUCACGCUCAUCGCCGGCAUCGCCAUCCCCGCCAUGGUCAUCGGCAUCCCCGUUUACGUCGGCCGCAAGAUUCACGCUCACUACGAGGUGAAGAAGACGUCCCGCCACCGCCGCAACUUGGCCAUCACGGGCGGCGUGGCCUUGUCCAUCCUCACCGCGCCCGUCAUCGCCGCCGUCAGUGUGGGCAUCGGCGUGCCCAUCAUGCUGGCGUACGUUUACGGCGUGGUGCCCAUCUCGCUGUGCCGAGGAGGCGGCUGCGGCGUGAGCAGAGGGAAGGGCCGGGGAGUGCGCAUCGACUUUGACGAGGACGACGGCCCCAUCACAGUGGCGGACGCUUGGCGAGCUCUCAAGUCGCCAAGCUUGGGCGAGAGCAGCCUGGAUGGCGCGGUGAGCGGUUUGAGCACCACCACCCCCAGCGAGGGCCUCUCGGUGGCGCCGGGGACGGUCGGGGACACGCCCCACUUCAACACGCUGGCCGGGGGUGCCCUGGGGGCUCGGGGCGGCAAAUACAGCAGGCUGGAGGUGCAGGCGGCGGAGCUGGCCAAUGAGUCCACCCAGAAGGAGACGGGCAGCUUGGGGGCGGCCAGCGACUGUGCCAGUACGCGCGGGAUGGCCGGCUCCAUCAUCUCCUCCUACACGCUACCGGACAGGGAGUGCACCAACUUGGAAAUCCAAGUGGACAUCGAGACCAAACCCAGCCAUCUCUGCCUGACAAGCGAGGAGGACCUAGCUCCGGCCACCCCCGCCUGCGCCGCCACGGCGAGCAUUUCGGGAGGGGAGGAGCCCCUGGACUGCAGCUCCAGACGAGGCGGCGCCUCGGGCCUGUCGCCGGGCGGAUCAGUGCGAGACGAGGAGGACGGUCUCGGCGAUGUCACGCUGGCUCAGCCCGAAAGCAUCCGCAGCGACCUGGAGAUGUCCGACACGCAGUCGGACGACGUGGCCGAGCUGACGUCGGACGACUGCGACUCCCCCCGGCCCAGGGGAGCACCGACCCCGCGGGCGGCCUCGUGCCGGGCCCUGAGCACCCCCACCGAAGGCCUUCACUGUCCCGCCGACGCCAACGUCGUCCUGUACGUGUGAGAUGCCCGAAGCUUUGGGAAGCCCUUUGAGCAUUUAUUCCACAUCCCUGAGGGUCUCCACUUGGUUCUCACCGGCUGAAUCUCAUGCGUAUCAAAUAAACGCUCCAACGUCUUUCCAUUGACAGCAGCUCUCAGGAACGCACAAAAAAAAAAAACAUUCAAAUUCCCCUUCAUUCUCACCCCACCCUUCUUCCUCAUUUUAUUUGAUUUUUAUCCUUUGCUGCUUCUUGCCUCCCGCAGACGCCGCCCUUUGCGUCCGGCUGACAAUCUCUUCAUUGUCAGAGUUCUACCUCUGAGAUUUACACAAGCGUGUUUACUGCCUGGUGUAAAAUGCCUUGGCGACUACUUAAGGAAAAAAAAAAAAAAGAAAA